UAUAUUCACUCUUAAUUUUAACAAGAACAGUAAAAGGACAACAGUUUUAAUUUAUUCAGCUUAAAUUUUAAUCCUUUUAAAUUUCAGGCACAGACUGGAGGAAAAACAGGCAAACACAAAUAUUGAGAGGGAUAAAAUAGUCAAAGGAACAUCACAGCAGUUGAACUGCUGUGCUCUUCCAGCACCACUAAUCCAGAAUCUGGUUUCCAGCAUCUGCAGUCAUUGUUUUUACCUAGUCAAAGGAACAUACCAAUCCAAACUCAGAAAUCUAAAUGGCUUGGCCCCACAAUCCUUUAACUAUCUUUGAUGAUACUCAAUGUUAUUUACACAGUGGUGAUCAGUCUGCAGCUCAUUGGUUGCUUGAUUGGAUAAUCAGUCUUUCUGCUUGUCUUUGGAUUUCAUUCAGCAUUUCCAAACAGUAUUUCCAAAAAAUUAGAGAAAGCACCUAUAUGGGAACAGGUGGGAGAAAAGGGUUGAUGCAGUUGGCUUGGGAGGUUUCCUUGCUUCUUUCUCUCAUUCCCCUUACAGAGUCUGUGUUAAACUGCAACAAGACCACUUAGACAACUGUACCUGUGUUGGGGUCCCCUGAGCCUAAAACAACUGGUGCCAGUUGAAAAGCCAAAAAUAAAAGACAGUGUCUCUGGGCAUGUAAACAUGUGGUGCUGCUCUAUUUGAGAAGUGUGCCCCUGAAAGUGGGUUAUUAUUGUACAGUGGUAUUGUCCCUACCUCCAAGCCAGAAGGCCCAGCUUCAAAUCCUACCUGCUCCUAAGAUGUAUCAUAACGUAGUGGGCUGUGCUUGUAAUUUAUCUCUUUAAGGACUCCUGUAGCACAGUGGUAGGCCAAAAGAUCUAGCUUCCAAUCCCACCUGCACCAGAGAUGUCUUCACAUUUCUGAAUGAGUUGGUUAAAAAUAUCUGUCCCCAAAAGUAAUAUUAUUGCAUAUGCAUUAGUUAGCUUCAUUUGCUUUCCAAAGUUGCAAACACACUUUGUAUUCACAUUUUAAAGCAGCAUCCAUUUUUCCCAUUUGCAGUCCAUAGUUCAAAAAUGUUUUUAAAAAUGUGGUUACUUACAGUAUGAAUAUGUAUUCCUAACAUAAAGCAGAAAGCACACUGAGUCAAGCAACGAAGUAAUCAGUAUCACAGGAAUCCUCAAUGCCCCAAAACACUGAAGGAAAAUAUCAUGUGGAAUAAAAGUUCAUUUGUGAUGCUUUCUGUGGUUGACUAGCCCCUGUGUCACUUUAUGUACGAAUGCAUGAUAAUGUUGCUAAGUGCUGCUCAUGGAAUUCUAUCCCAGCUAGCAUCUGCCCUUGUGAGAAGAUGGGGAAAAGUGACAGAAGAGAUUGAUUCUGUUGAACUGGUGCACUGGAUGACUUGUACUAACUGGCUAUAGCACUGAUCUUUGGUUGGCAGUGAAAGCCAGGAGCCCUCAGCAAACUUCAGAUUACACCAUGUUGUUCAAUUCAUCUCCAUCUCCUUAAACAGUAUAGAGUUCAUUUAUCACAGUUUUAGAAGGUACAAAUGGGCAGCCGUAUUUUUAAAAAUUUAUUACUUCUAAACAAUGUCCAGAAACUCCUUUACGCAUGAGCUAAUUAGAUUUGCUGUGCCUAAUUGUGACAGCUGGUUAAUAUUCACCGAACAGCCAGAAACAGCUACCCAGGGAUGAAUUAGCUGCAAAUGAAAUAUAAACAAACAGAUGCUGUCACUUAAAAAAUCAAUUCAUCUCAGAAAAACGCAUACUUAAAUCUUAUUUCCAGAUUCUUUCAAUAUGCACGUCUGCUGCAGCUUUUAAUAAGAUUUUUUUAAAUUACGCACUUUUAAAAUGUGCACAGAUUUAUUUAAAGUGGGAAAUGAAAAUUGUGUGAAAAGAGACACGGAAUAGUUUUUUGCUGUUUUAUAUCCCAUGAUUUAUUAAUUUAUGAAUAUUAUGCUUCAGUAAAGAGAACCUUUGUAAUAGAAUUCUGUUUUUAUAGGUUGAUGGCAGCAAUAUUGGAUUCAAAGGAUAGAGAGAGGAAGUGGAAACCUAUUUAAAAAUCCUUGGGAUGUUAAAAAAUUUGUGGCAGUGGUUCAAGCUUCACGUUAUGCAUUGACCCUUCUAUUUACACGUAAUGAUGAGGUACCUUCUUGAACCACUGCAGUCCACAUUGUGUAGGUUCACCUAGAGUGCUACUCCGGAGGAGUUCCUGAAUGUUUGAUCUAGCUACAUUGAAGGAAUAACAAUAUAGUUCCAAGUCAAGAUGGUGUGUGACUUGAAAGGAUCAUCUCCACAGUGGAAAUCUGGUGAGCCAGUGAAGACCAAGACAAGUCUACAAACGCUGAGUUCAUCGUAAUUACUGAAUGUCGAGGGAAAAAAAUUGUACAAGUACCAGAUUCUUAGCAAUUAGAUAAUUACUUUGUUGUUUUAACCUCUGAAAUGUGCUGCCAUCAACUGCCAAGUAGCCUGUCGUCUUACUGAAUUGUAGUAAUUUGCACAUGAAGUGAAACCCAUGAGUUGUAUUUGGGAAGAGGUAAUGGCAAUUUUGCCACCAAGAUUGGAAGACUUCAACUUGGAGUUCAACAGUACAGUGGAUAUGAGCCUCGUAUUCUUAUUAAGAAAAACAGUGGAUUUACUAUACAAAGGCCAGGACAUAGACAAGUGCCUGCAGCUCAGUCAGACUAUUGUGGAUUUCUCUUGGGAGAAACUUAAUAUUGGAACUUGGAGGGACGUGGAUAAGGAGUGGAGGAGGGUGUAUUCUCAUGGCUGUCUUUUUAAAGCUGUUUGUUUGUGCAAAGAUGAAGGAACGGUUAGUGAGGCAAUAAAAACUUGUGACAUGGGUUUGUUGAUGGGGGCAAUCAUAUUGGACAACAUUCUCAACAGACUGGUCGGAGUUCUUCAGAGAUACACUCUUGGGAAAAGGCCUUUAGAAGAUGCUGCAUCCCAUCAGGAAUCAAGCAGAAAGAAGCUAAGUGUUUCUCUUCCUCUGGUGCAAGAGAUGAAAACUGAAAUGGCUGUUCCAAGAGUCCACUGCCCUUCACUGGAAUAUUUUAGAACACACUAUCUCAUUCCACAGAAACCUGUCAUACUGGAGGGAAUUGUUGAUCACUGGCCUGCUGUGAGGGAUUGUAAAUGGAGCGUGGAGUACAUCCGUGACAUUGCAGGCUAUCGCACUGUGCCAGUAGAACUGGGUUCUCGUUACACCGAUGAGCAAUGGUCCCAGACACUGAUGACUGUGAAUGAAUUCAUUGAGAAGUAUGUUUUGGACCAGGUGGAGCAGGAGCCCAUUGGAUAUCUAGCACAGCAUCAACUAUUUGAACAGAUCCCAGAGUUACGAGAGGACAUCGACAUACCAGAUUACUGUUGUCUAGGAGAUGGUGAUGAAGAUGAGAUCACCAUAAAUGCCUGGUUUGGGCCAAUAGGAACAAUUUCCCCCCUACACCAGGAUCCACAACAAAACUUCCUAACACAGGUGGUGGGUCAGAAAUAUAUCCGCCUGUAUUCCCCAGCAGAGACUGGAAGACUGUAUCCUCAUUCAACCCAACUAUUGCACAACACCAGUCAGGUGGAUGUGGAGAACCCAGAUUUGGUCAAUUUUCCAGAGUUUAAAUUUGCUGAUUUCCAGGAAUGCGUACUGAGGCCAGGAGAGGUCCUGUUUAUCCCAGUGAAGUACUGGCAUUAUGUGAGGUCACUGGACAUCAGCUUCUCUGUCAGCUUCUGGUGGUCCUGACUCUUCCAUUCCACGUAAGAUGAAAUGUGAGCCAUUGAGUUGUGGGAAAUUUCUCACUCCUGGAACUAAAUGUGACAGAAGAGAAUUUCUACAGCCAACCUGGAGAGGAGAGAACCAGAAAGGAAAAAACAGAGGGGGAAUGAGGCUGA